AUGGAUCUGGACGAGCCUGUGGUGACGGUUCAUCAGAGUAUUGGUGAAGCUAAAGAGCAGUUCUACUAUGAGCGGACGGUGUUUCUGCGCUGCGUCGCUAACUCCAACCCUCCCAUCCGCUACAGCUGGUACCGCGGACGAGACGUUCUCUCGCAAGGCUCAGAUAAAGGUGUGGAGAUCUACGAGCCCUUCUUUACCCAGGGGGAAACCAAGAUCUUGAAGCUGAAGAACCUGAGACCCAAGGACUACGCCAACUACAGCUGCAUCGCCUCCGUCAGGAACGUGUGCGCCAUCGCCGACCGCAGAGUCGUCUUCAGACUCACCAAUAAAACUGCUCCCGCCUCCAUCAAGCUGCUGGUGGAGGAUCCGAUCGUGGUGAAUCCGGGCCAGACGGUGUCUCUGGUCUGCAUCACGACCGCAGGAGAGCCGGCUCCGAGCCUGGCCUGGACCAGCGGCUCCGGAUCUCUGCCGGAGAAGAGCCUGAUGAAGGAAGGGGUUCUGACGCUUCCCGCCAUCGCCUCCGAGGACACCGGCGUCUACAGCUGCAUCGCCAGCAACAACGUGGGAAACCCGGCCAAGAAAUCCACCACCAUCAUCGUACGAGGUCCGCUCCAUUUACACUUCAGCUGA